AUGGGCAAGCAUCGGUUACUGAAGGGUGCUAAAGGUGUGAGUUUCCCGGCGGCGGGAAGUUUAAAGGAGGCCGCCGUGGCUGUGUUGAAGAAGGGGAAAGGUGAGAAGGUGCGGUCGCAGGAGGAUGGGUCGAAGAAGGGUAAGAUGACGAUGAAGUUGGAGAAGAAGCAUGGACAACAUUUGUUGAAGAAUCCGGGUAUAGUGAAGAAGAUUAUUGAGGCAGCUGAUAUUAAGAAGAGUGACGUGGUAUUGGAGAUUGGUCCGGGUACGGGUAACUUGACGAUGAAGUUAUGCGGGUUGGCUCGAAAAGUGCGUGCGAUAGAUAUAGAUGUGAGAAUGACAGCGGAGGUGAAGAAACGUGUGUUAUCGGCGGGUUACACGAAUCUGGAGGUGGUGCACUGUGAUGCGUUGAAGGCGGACUUUGGUGAAUUCAGUGUUUGUACGGCGAAUUUGCCUUACCAGAUUUCGAGUCCGUUUGUUUUCAAAAUGAUCACCGUGCCGCACACGUAUAGAGCGGCCGUACUUAUGUUCCAGAAGGAGUUUGGAGAGCGGCUAGUGGCCAAGCCGCAUGAUAAGUUUUACUGUAGACUAUCGGUGAACACGCAACUCUUCUUUAAAGUGACUCGAGUUUGCCAUGUCUCUGCAGGCUCCUUCAAUCCGCCUCCCAAGGUAGAUAGCAUUGUUAUAAAAUUGGUUCCCGUCAAACAGAAGUACCAAAACCUCAACUAUCUGCAAUGGGAUGCCAUGCUACGUAUCGCCUUUAGUCGAAAACGCAAAACACUAGCAGCCGCUUUUACUUCUGGCAAAAGUGUGCGAAAGACACACUCAUUUAUCGAAGGCAUUAACGGGAAAAGAGUGGAACUUAGAACAUUCAAGGACCAUAUAAGACAACUGCUCGAAUCCAUCCCAUAUAAGGCAGAUCACAGCGAGGACGUAGUUACCUUCGCGCAAAAGCGAGCCGUCGAACUUAGCAUCCCGGACUUGCUGGUGCUUCUCCAUACAUUCUCUAAAGCAGGCAUCAUAUUCCCUGUUCAAACAUCCAACAAAAAUGUUUCAUCCAUCAACCUCGACGCGACCACAGAAGCCGACCAAGUCGUUCCAUUGUCAUGCUUUGCAGACGAUGAUGAUGAUGAUGAUGACGAAGUAGACGAAGUAGACGAAGUUAUUAUGAACUAG